AUGGGGGAGGCGCUUGAAUUAUUCCGUUUUAUUGCUCUUUCGUCUUCUGUACAUGCAGAUGCUUUGCAGUGUCUUGUUGAUGACACACAAGAAGCCUUGUCGCAGAUGACACUUGAUGUUGAACGUUUGGACGAUCUUGAGAUGUCUCUUUCUACCUUACUUAAGGAGCAGCAACACCUUCACGCUAUGCGUGAUGUGGUAAGACGCUCGAAAACUGCGCGGGAAGAGGAUAAAUUUUUUAUGAGUAGCGCGAAUCAAUCGAAAUCUCGGCCAAAGGCAGGGAUUCAAAAUUCGAAAUCGAAGAGUCAAUUAUCUGCACUCUCUAAUAUUGAAGGUGUUUUGCGUUUUGCAUCUAGUGCCCUUGAUAGGGAAGAUCUUGGUGUUUCAUUGAAAGAGCAACGUAAAAGAGAAAACACCAAGAAGAUAUAUGCGGAAAAGAAAGAAGAUGAAGAUUUUCUCCAAAAGAAUGCAGAAGAAGGAGAAAAUACAGAAGUAUUACAAGGCGAAAUAAAUGUUGACGAAGCAGUUGAGAAAGUUAAGUCAGAAAUACGGCUUUUAGAGACGAUGUCUAUUAAGUCAAAACUACGUGAGUUGGAAACUCUGAAGCAGCAGAUACGAGAUGUAGAUGGUAAUGCUAUUAUGAAGCGGUAUGUUGAGUCUUUUCGCUUUCCCACGGAGGUGGAACAACUUUGGCGCAAUGAAGAUUUUGUGAUAAAUGGUAGCAACGUGGAUCUUUUUAUUGCUCGUGCUUGCGGGCGUCUAGUGGGUCGUUAUGAGGAUUCCCUCUCUGUGAUUGAUAAGGUUGGUUCUGGUGGAGUUCUUAGUAGAGAUAGAGGUUUGUAUAGAGAUAGAGAUAAUUAUAGAGAUGGAGAAGAAGAUGAAGAUUUUGGGAGGCAGGUCCUCGGGGCUCUUCUCUAUGCGACGGCCCUUACCGGCCCUAACAACCCCGAUGCCGCAGCCGUUGUCGCUCUCCAAUAUCUUCAGUUUUUUCAUUCUGUUGACUCUCUUCACGCUCUUCUUCAGUGUCCUGUUGUGGGACUCUUGCGGGAGGGGCGUGGGGUGGAGACGGUGUUGGCAGAGACAGAGUAUGGCGUACUGCCGACAGAAUGGCGUGCUACAGGGGUUCUCUGCACUCCGGAAGAUAUGCAUUUACCAUCGGCGCGGCAUAUAUUAACACCGCGCUUUUCCUUCUCAGAUGCAGAGGAGCUGAAGGCACUUCAGACAUUGCGGGUUGAUUUUCAACGGGAGUUGUUAGAUGCGUUUAUUCGUAUGCCCAAAGUACUUGACGAAGUUCGACAACAGGCUCUAGUGUUGUCUCAAGAAAACGAGAGUAGUGAAGAAGAUAUGGGAAGAGAUACUUGUGUCGCGUUGGUUCGUCUGCUGACAGGAAAAGAGAGUGGUGGAUCUGUAUGGACGACAGUGGCACGUUGUGGUACAAUGGAAUGA